AUGGACAAUGAGCAAGAAGAAGAAAACACUGAGCCAAAGAUGACAAAAAUCAAAAGAAAAGAACUAGGGUUCUCAUGCAUGUUGAAUUCUGAGGUUGGUGCUAUUCUAGCUGUGAUUCGACGAGUACCAGAUUCUCAAUUCUACCACCUUUCUGACGACAAUUAUGAUUCAUCAAUUCUUCAAUCAUUGAAAUCAUUAAGAUCGCUUAUCUUCAAUCCUGAUCAAGAAUGGGGGAAGAUCGAUCCUUCUGUCUACUUGUCUCCUUUUCUCGAUGUGAUACAAAGUGAUGAUGUCCCUAUAGUAGCAACCGGGGUGGCCCUUUCGUCCCUUAUCAAGAUUCUGAGGCUCGAAAUAUUCGAUAAGAACACUCCCGGGAGUAAAGACAUCAUGAACGCUGCUGUGACUGCGAUCCAAGGUUGUCGCGUCGAGAAAACUGAUCCCCUUUCUGAAGAGGCCAUCAUGAUGCGAAUUUUGCAUGUUCUAACCGCGAUUAUGAGACAUUCAGCUUCUGUUCUGCUUUCUGAUCACUCUGUUUGUACUGUCGUCAACACCUGUUUUCAGGUCAUACAGCAAUCCGCCUAUCGGGGAAACUUGCUUCAGCGUAGCGCGAGGUACACAAUGCAGGAACUGAUUCAGAUAAUUUUUUAUAGGUUACCUGACGUCGAAGCAAAUGAUCAGGAAGAAUCUGAAUCAGACACUGAGGAUGGUAGUUUGGAUUCUGGUUUUGGGCUCCGUGCAGCUGUAGAUAUCUUCCAUUUUUUGUGUUCUUUACUGAAUGUGGUGGAAGCUCACGAGCCUGAGGCCCUACAUAAUCAGUCAGCGGAUGCAGAUGUUCAGCUUUUUUCCCUGCUUUUGAUCAACUCUGCCAUUGAAUUGAGUGGCGAUAGCAUAGGGAAGCAUCGAAAGCUUUUGAGGAUGGUCCAAGAUGACUUGUUCCACCAUUUGGUUCAUUAUGGAGCAUAUUCUAGUCCCUUAGUUUUGUCCAUGAUCUGCAGUACUGUUUUGAACAUCUAUCAGUUCCUUCGCAGGUCGGUUCGCCUCCAGUUGGAAGGCUUCUUCUCGUAUGUUUUGUUCAGAGCUUCAAAUCGCUGGAACUCAUCCCAACUCCAAGAAAUUGCAACUGAAGCAAUUGUGAAUUUCUGCCGCCAACCUAACUUCACAAUUGAAGUGUAUGUGAAUUAUGAUUGUGAUCCUUGUUCUGGGAAUAUAUUUGAGGAGAUAGGCAAGUUGCUCUGCAAGCAUGCAUUCCCUACUGGUGGCCCGUUGACAAGUUUGCAAGUCUUAGCAUUUGAAGGUCUCAUAGUUAUCAUUCACAAUAUCGCUGAUCGUGUUGAUAAAGAAGAUGACGAUAGCCCUUCUGGACCAUAUCCAGUUGAGAUUUCUGAGUAUAAGCCUUUCUGGGAAGAGGUGUCCAUAGAUGACGGUAAAGAGGCAUGGGUAGAUUCUGUCAGGCUGAGGAAAGCACAGAAGAAAAAGAUAUUAAUCUCUGCAAAUCAUUUCAAUCAAGACGACAAAAAGGGAUUGGAGUACUUGAAAAUUUCCAAGUUAAUUCCUGAUCCUCCUGAUCCAAAAGCCUACGCUUUGUAUUUCCACUGCACUCCUGGACUCGACAAGACCAUGAUUGGAGAAUAUCUCGGCGAUCCGGAUGAAUUUCACAUUCAAGUUCUUAAAGAGUUCACAGAAACCUUUGAGUUUACUGGUAUGAUAUUGGACUCAGCUUUACGAAUCUUCUUGGAAACUUUCAGGUUACCUGGAGAAUCUCAGAAAAUUCACAGGAUAUUGGAAGCAUUUUCAGAUAGGUUUUAUGAUCAGCAAUCCUCAGAAGUCUUUGUGAGCAAGGAUGCCGUGUUUGUUCUUUGCUAUUCAGUCAUCAUGCUCAACACUGAUCAACACAAUCCACAAGUCAAGAAAAAGAUGACUGAAGAGGAAUUCAUUAGGAAUAAUCGGCAGAUCAAUGGAGGAAAUGAUCUUCCCAGAGAAUAUCUAUCUGACCUGUUCCAGUCUAUAUCUUCCCAUGCAAUCACAGUGUUUGGUCAAUCUGGUGGAUCUGUGGAAAUGAAUCCCAACAGAUGGAUUCAGCUAGUUAACCGUGCUAAGCGCAUAAGUCCAUUUGUAUUGUGCGAUUUUGAUCGUCGACUGGGAAGAGAUAUGUUUGCUGCUGUAGCUGGACCUGCAGUUGCUACUCUCGCUGCAAUCUUUGAACAAACUGAAGAAGACGAGAUUCUCCAUGAGUGUGUUGAAGUGUUAUUCUCAAUAGCUAGAAUAGCUCAAUAUAACUUAGAAGACACUCUUGAUGAGCUCAUUUCUUCCUUUUGCAAGUUCACCACCUUGUUAAAUCCCUACGCAUCUGCGGAAGAAACUUUGUAUGCUUUCAGCAAUGAUAUGAAGCCCAGGAUGGCCACUCUGGCAGUUUUUACCAUUGCAAACACUUUCAAAAAUUCCAUUGGAGGAAGUUGGAGAACCAUUGUUGACUGCUUGUUGAAACUGAGAAGGCUCAAGUUACUUCCACAGCCUCUUGUUGAACUUGAUGCCAAUCCAGAUUUGUCUACAGAGUCGGGUGCUUCUUCUGUGAAUCCUACUAGAUACGGCCAUGCACGCGGUACCUCUGGCUUAAUCGGCAGAUUCUCACACUUCCUAUCAUUAGAGAGCGUGGAAGAGUCUCUAAAUCUUGGUGUCAGUGAAUUUGAACAGAAUCAGAAAAUUAUCCAGCAAUGCCAUAUAGAGAACAUCUUUACCACCAGUUCAAGUUUACCAGAUGAGGCAUUACUUAAUCUCGGACGUGCUCUUAUAUAUGCCGCGGCUGGAAAAAAGUUCAGCACUCCUGUGGAGGAGGAGGAAACUGUAGAAUUCUGUUGGGAUUUGAUAGUCAUCAUUGCUAUAGUCAACAUGCACAGAUUCUCUACCUUUUGGCCUCAUUACCAUGACUAUUUGCUAGGAGUUGCACAAUUUCCUGUGUUUUCUCCUAUCCCAUUUGCCGAAAAGGCUAUUGUAGCUCAGAUGAAAAUCUGCCUCAGGGUCCUUUCUGAGCAUCGCGAUGAUAAACUCCCGGAGGAACUCAUCUUUAAAUCAAUGAAUUUCAUGUGGAAGCUGGAAAAAGAAAUACUCGACACCUGUUCCGAGUACCUUAUACAGUCAAUCACCAAGAUUCUUACGGAAUACCCUGCAAAUUUGCAAAGUAGCAUAGGAUGGAAGACAGUCCUACAUCUGUUGUCAACCUCUGGGCGUCAUCCUGAAACAUAUGAGCAAAGCGUCGAAUCCCUAAUCAAUUUAAUGUCUGCAGGGACUCACAUUUCACGUACAAAUUAUGCAUUCUGCAUCGAGUGUGCAUUUGGUUUCGUUGCACUGAGGAACAGCCCAGUGGAGAUGAAUGUAAAGAUAAUGGACCUGAUGUCACACUCGGUAAAAUUGUUGGUUCAGUGGUAUGGAAGUGGAUACUCUGAUCCGGGUAGCAAUGCAAGCGUGGGAAGUAAUUCUAGCAGUACCUCCUUGGACGACAAUGCAAAAUCAUCUAGCUCAGCCAGCUUCGUCAUGAACUUAUUUGUCAAGCUCGGUGAAGCUCUGAGAAAGACAUGCCUAGCCAGGAGAGAGGAGGUAAGAAACCAUGCGGUCUUGUCUCUUCAGAGAAGCUUCAUGCUAGCCGAGGAACUAUGUUUCACACCAGCCAAUUGUGUUUACUGUUUUAACUGUUUGAUCUUUGCAAUGGCGGAUGAUAUACAUGAGAAAAUGCUGGAAUACUCAAGGAGAGAGAAUGCUGAGAGGGAAACGCGAAGCAUGGAAUCGAGUUUGAAGCUGGCCAUGGAGGUCUUAACAGAUGUUUAUUGCCAGUUGUUGAAGCCAAUAUCAGAAAGUCCUCAUUUCAGACCAUUUUGGAUGGGUCUCUUGAGAAGAAUGGAUACCUGCAUGAAGGCUGAUUUGGGAGAAUAUGGCAAAUCAACCAUGGAAGAUGUAAUACCCACCUUACUGAAGAAAAUUAUCUCGGCAAUGAAGGAGCAUGAUUUGUUGGUUCCAAGAGAAGGUGAUGAUCUGUGGGAAAUAACUUACGUCCAGAUUCAAUGGAUUGCUCCCACUCUCAAGGAUGAACUAUUUCCCGAUGCACCAUAA